CUCGUUGCGCACUGCAAGGCUGGCGGAUGAGAACUGUGAGGUGCGAUCACUAAUUACCGCAGGAGAAGACGGCCCUGAGAUCAUGGUAAUUAGUGAAAUACUCUUGGCAUUGACCGGUUAUAGUUAGUGAGGUCCGAGUGGAGUGGGAGAAGAUAGCACAACCGUUUCUCCAGUCCAUCAAGUGAGAUGUGGACGGCCCAGUUUCUAGUAUUCGUAUGGGCGUCGAUAUCGGUUUCAGCACUAAAAUUACCAACUUAUAUUAAAGCAUGUAGUCGCAAUGAUCCCCAGCUAAACGAAUGUGUGGUUAAGCAAGGAAUAGCUGCCAUCCCCAAUUUCAUCCAUGGAGACACAAAGUACCGGGUGCCGAACUUGGACCCUCUGGACAUAGAGGAAUUGUCAGUGCGACAAGGCACACGUCAAGUCGGCCUGAACCUUGUGAUCCGACAAUGUAAACUACACGGUCUGAGCAAUGCUGUCUUCACGAAAGCCAGAAUGGACAUGAAAAAAAGGCACGUUGAGUGGGAUUUUAUAAACACCAAAGGACUACAAAUCCUCGGCACUUACAACAUAUCGGGUCAGGUACUGAUACUGCCCAUUAUCGGGUCCGGUGAUGCCAACAUCACUAUCACUGGAUUGACGAUCACUUACAAAUAUGACUUUGACCUGGUGAAAAAGAACGAUGGAAAAGAAUAUAUGAACUUGACGACUAGUGAGCUUCUCUUCGACAUCGGCUAUGCUUACUUCCAUCUGGAUAAUCUCUUCAAUGGUGACAAGCUCCUUGGUGACAAUAUGAAUAUUUUCUUGAACGAGAACUGGAAGGAUCUGGUGAAGGAAUUCGGCCCGGCAGUGGGGAGUGCCCUUGGGGAGGUGUUCAGACGUCUUCUGACCAACAUACAUGGACUUGUACCGUACGAUGUGGUGUACCCAGUCACAUAGCCAAAUGAGUGGAACUCAUCCUCCAGCAAUAAUUUAACUUAAUAUUUAUGUUUUGGUUCAAUAAAAAUUAUUAAAGACGAAAACAA